AUGUAUUGUCUUCGGCGACAAGUGUUGAACCGAUCACUGAGUGCUUCCAAUGGCUUCAAAGCGAUCAAUGGCUGGUCUUUCGGUCGAUACACACAUUCAAUGUCUUCAUUAUCUGCGGUGUCGUUGUUUUCACACCAAUACUCAAACCACGGCUUGAGAUCCAACUUAAGAAUGAAUGCCACAAACGAUUGGCUCAGGAAUUGGCCGUCGAUUCAGAAGAUGUCGACAAUCAGUGAUAAUUUGGAUCCAAAUAAAGAUUCGGAGAAAUUAGAGAAAGAGAGACAACGAGUAAAGCAGCAGAAGAUCACGAAAUACACACUUCUUGUCAUGUUUUGCAUGUUUUGCGGAUCCGGUGUUUACGCGCUCCUGGAGUGGGGCGCGCCUUCACUCGACUCGGAGGGCAAUCCCAUUGAGGAUGAGUUCUCUGCGAUGCCAUUAGCCGUGCAAUACAUCUACAGAUCGUGGCAUACGUUCGCGCACUACGAACAGGUGCUUCGGGAGCCCACCCGCAACCUCCUGCUGCCGCCCCCUCUGGAGCCGCCUUACUAUCAGCCGCCGUUCACUUUGGUUCUCGAGAUGACGGGAGUGUUAGUCAAUCCCGAGUGGACUUAUAGGACGGGCUGGCGCUUCAAGAAGAGGCCGUUUGUCGACUACUUUCUGCACCAUUUGGCCACUUCAGGCAACUUCGAGAUCGUGAUCUAUACUUACGAACAGGGAUUCACUGCCUUUCCCCUCAUCGACAGUCUCGACCCCAACGGGUAUGUCAUGUAUCGACUGUUCAGAGAUUCGACGCGUUAUGAGAACGGGGUUCACAUGAAAGACUUGAAUUGUCUGAACCGAGACUUAUCUAAAGUCAUUCACAUUGACUGGAAUGGGAAGGCGUGUCAACUGAGCCCUAAUAAUUGCCUGACACUGAAGAAGUGGACGGGCAAUACAGACGACCGCACUCUCUAUGACUUGUCUCACUUCCUGAGAGCCAUCGCCACGGAAGGGGUGGAAGACGUGCGACAAGUGAUUGAACACUACUCCCAAUUCGAUGACCCCAUAGAGGCCUUCAAAGACAACCAACGAAAGUUAGCUCAACAACAACAGGAGUCAACGCCUCCUCAACCGCCCCCUCUGUCCAGCAAUUUGUGGAGUUCAUGGAGACGACGAUAA